GCUGAGUCAGGUAGGUGUUUGGAUAGGAAAUGGGGGAUCAUGGGCCUCUCUUUGCUCAACUAUUGUUUCAGACAUCUCUGGCCGUGAUGUACCUCAUUACAAGACUUGCAUUUGAGCAAGGAAUGAGUCGAUUCAUCUUUGUUACCUACAGGCAAGCUGUAGCCACUGUGGUCAUAUCUCCUAUUGCUUACUUCCUUGACAGGAAUAGCAGGCCCCCCCUAAACAUGAAAACGCUAUGCCAUAUCUUCGUGCUUGCUCUGUUUGGGGUUCCCCUCUCCCAAACCCUUUACUUUACAGGGCUUUACUAUACCUCUUCUACCUUCGCAGCCACAAUAAUGAAUCUCAUCCCAGCAAUCGCUUUUGUGGCUGCCUUCCUACUAAGGAUGGAGAAGAUCAAUGUAAGGAGUUCAAGGGGACUGGCAAAGGUUUGUGGCACCUUCACUUGUGUGGGAGGUGCCAUGAUCAUGACACUAAUCAAGGGUCCUUCCAUUGAGUUUUUCAAAUACUUUAAAUCACCAAAGUCCAUUCUCCUUUUCUUGGAUAGUGGAUCGCAUCUUCCUAGCGUGAAUUGGACUCUUGGCCCAAUCUUACUUGUAUCAAGUGUAUCAGCAUAUUCCACAUGGAUAAUUUACCAGGCAUGGGUUUUUAAGGAUUAUCCCGCCCCUUUAUCCUUGACAGCCAUGACGCUAGUUAUGGGUACAUUUCAAUCUGGUGUAGUCUCCUUUCUCUUUGAGAGAUCUAAGGAGGCAUGGGAACUACAUUGGGACUUUCAGCUUUUUACCUAUGUUUACAGUGGUAUUAUGUGCUCUGCUCUAGCAUUCUUAAUUCAAAGCUGGUGUAUUAAAAAUAGAGGCCCGGUCUUUGCAGCCGCAUUCAACCCCUUAUGCACAGUAUUGGUGGCUAUUAUAGAGCCUACAAUCCUUCACGUUGAUAUUUAUGCCGGAAGAGUGGUAGGGAUGGCUUUGGUUAUAUCUGGACUUUAUUCUCUACUAUGGGGUAAAGCCAAUGAUGGAGUGGGGAAGAAAGUACAGACAGAAGAUCAGGUUGAAAGUAAUAAAAUGCAAUUCCAAGAAGAAAGCUAUCAAGAUUUGGAAGAGCCUCUCUUAGAAGUAGUUCAAGUGUAAUGAAGGGCAUAGCAGCUAAGAUACCCUAAUUUAAGCAUUGUCUGUAACUUAACUAUAUCGGGAGAAUAUACCAUAAAACUAUUUAUCUUA